AAUGCUGUCUUUAUCGGCAAAAGGGUGAAACCUCAAAGGCAAACUGGCAAAGAUGGCGGCGUCGCUCUCCAGACCCCUCCGCCUCCGGCUGCGGGGCAGCGGACACCGCCUCCUCCCCUCCCGGCCCUCCAGUACCCACGCAUCCAAGCCGCCAACUCCGCCCGCCGCCGCACCGCCACCCCCAGGAACAGGGAAGGAAGCGAGCGCAUGGUCAAAGCUCUUCCUCUUCGCCCCCGGCGCCAUCACAUUCGGCCUCGGCACAUGGCAGCUCUUCCGGAGGCAGGAGAAGAUAGAGAUGCUGGAUUACAGGACGCAAAGGCUGGAGAUGGAACCCGUAGCGUGGAACGAGACCGUCUCGUCUGCCGCGUUGCGUGAUCCGUCUGUGCUCGAGUUCCGGAAGAUCGUGUGUGAGGGUGAUUUCGAUGUGGAGAAGUCGGUCUUCAUCGGUCCUCGCUCAAGGAGCAUCUCCGGUGUGACGGAAAAUGGGUAUUAUGUGAUCACUCCGUUGAUACCUCGGCUGACUGAGCCUGGCAGUUUGCAGUUACCUAUCCUUGUGAAUAGAGGCUGGGUUCCUCGUGGCUGGCGUGAUACAAACAUGCAGAACCACCAGGACCUUGGUGAAACUUCAGAGGUGAAACAAGCCGAUAAGAAGACAGAUGAAAGAAGUAUGUGGUGGAAGUUUUGGUCCAAGGAGCCUGAAUCUUCUUCCGAGGUUCAAAAACCUGUAAAAUCUGUAAAGCCUCCUGUAAGAGUUAUUGGAGUAAUCCGAGGAAGUGAGAAGCCCAGCAUAUUUGUUCCAGCUAAUGAACCCAGUAAUGGACAGUGGUUUUACGUGGAUGUUCCCAUGAUUGCACAUGAAUGUGGCCUUCCUGAAAAUACUGUUUAUAUAGAAGAUGUGAAUGAAGACGUUUCUGCAACUAAUCCUUAUCCUCUUCCGAAAGAUGUAAAUGCUUUGAUCCAUCACUCAGUGAUGCCAGAUGACCAUCUGAAAUACACCGUUACAUGGUACACUCUUUCUGCUGCUGUGACUUACAUGGCAUCAAAGCGGAUAAAGGUAAAGAAGGUGAGGUUAUAGCAGAACUGGAGUCUACUGAAGUUCUUUCCUGUAUCGUGUACUCAUUUAAGAAGCUCAAGUUCCCGCUGCUUCAGAAGGAGCGUGCAAGUAUUGCAACUGUAAUCUCUGGCAACAAUUAAACCAUUAUUUUUCACAUUUGAUAUCGACAUCACUCAGUUGAGCUCAGAGAAUACAGAGCUACAGAAGUUUUGUUAGCCUACCAUACACUGGAAGGACGAUUGUUAUUUAUCCUAGGUCUUUGUACCCCUUUUUUGGCAGCCGUCCACAGAGAUUGAUGUAAUGGGUUGGCCCAUUAACUUUAAAGGACAAGUCAUUUUCGAUCAGCACUCAGCUGAGCAGCAAACUUCCCCUCAAAAGAAAAAAGCUGAGCGGCAAACAGUGUUUGUCUCCUGGGGGAUCCACUGAUGGUUCCCGCAUUGGAAUUUCUGCAGUAUUUUGCC